GAGCCUUGGCACUGAAAAGAGUGGCUAGGGCCGAGCGCCGGCACAAAGAAAGUUUUAUCGGCUCUCCUGCAACGCGGGAGUAAAAGCUGAAUGUGAACCCGUUAAACUUCCACUACAAACGGGUGCCGAGGACGGGCCGCUUUAAGGGACCCAGGAGCGUUUCCUACAGCGGCCCAGUGAGACUGGGUGGAGCCCAGCCUGGCUGUAGAAGGAAGCGGCCACGCGGGAGCCCGCUAAGCAAUUACGGCUCCUGUCACAUGAAAAAGGGGGACCCGCAUCCCACCCACCCCGGUUAUGGCAGCCACGUCGUUCGUGCGCUGCUACAGAGGGAUCCCCACCCCGAGGGCUUGCAUCAGCGAGUCCCAGCAUGGACGGAGGCCUGUCAGCCACGACCCCAGUCAGGAAGGGGGAAGGGGAGGUGCCACCGGCACCACCAGCAGCGCCUCGACUGCCCAGGCGGCGGCGGUGAUUGAGCCCCCGUCUACCAGUCAGCCCGCUGGGCAGCGCUCAGGGGAGGAGCACACCUGCGUGGGCAGCGAAGGGUUAACAGAAGAGGAGAAAAGGAUCGUGAAACUCCACGACGAGGCAUGCGCAGCUGGGCAGCAUGAUUACAUGGAUCCAGUCACUGGCUACCUAGUGUUCACCAAAAUUGCCCAUUCGCAGAGGGGACACUGCUGUGGCUCUUCCUGCAGACAUUGUCCAUAUGGUCAAACGAACGUUAAAGAUCCAUCCAAAAAGAAGCGGUUCAAUUCCUUUUUCUAUGCCUAACGAUCAAAGCCUUUUUGCAUCCUACCAUGAAGACAGAAAAGGGAAAAAAUCACUCCCACCUCUUCCUUCUUUCCUGUCCCCUACAGCUUCUACGUUUUGCAUAUUGCCGUUCCUUUGACCUCUGCUGUUCUGCAUCCUGAAUAUAUUCCAAUUCUAAUAAAAUAAAAAUCCAUGUGUGCUCCAGCA